UAAUAAGUGAACCUCCCCUGGCGCCAGAGCCACUCCAAGGUGUGGUCGGAGCCUUCGCCUUCGUCAAAGGGGAGAGGGUCCAAGCCCUGUUCUGUGAGAGAAAUUCCCCCAGAGGUUGCCAUGGUAAAGGCUGCCGCCCGCCGCGCUACAAUUUGGGGAUGGGUCUUUGACAGGGCCGGUGGUGGAUUCGCAGAUUUUACGGUCGCAGUUUGGCAUGGAUUUAGGGAUUUUUCACCCGCCCGAUCUCGGAAUCCACCAAUACCAUCCGUGGCCACAACAAAGGCCACAAGCAAACCGCAAACUAAACAGUCUCGGUUCCCGCCGCCGCGGCUGGCUUGAGCUGUCACAUGAAGCGAGCCGUGUCCGCUCGCUGGGCCCGGCGCGCCGUCCGCCAGGGCUGCUUCUACGCCUCCACCACCACCACCUCUUCCUCGCCUGAGGCGGCGGCGUCGGAGAGGUGGGACGGGCGGUUCCGCCUCUACAAGCCGCGGGGGCAGCACCUGCUCACCAACCCGCGCGUCCUCGACGCCAUCGCCCGCCGCGCCGCGAUCGGGCCGGGCGACGCCGUCCUAGAGGUCGGCCCCGGCACGGGGAACCUCACCGCGCGCCUCCUCGCCUCCCCCGCGUCGCGCGUCGCCGCCGUCGAGAUCGACCCGCGCAUGGUCGACGCCGUCACCGCGCGCGCCGCCGCCCUCGGCCUCGCGGACAAGCUCACGGUGAUCGCGGGCGACGCCGUGGAGGUGGACUUCCCGGAGUUCGACGUCUGCGUGGCCAACAUCCCCUACGGCAUCUCCUCGCCGCUGAUCGCCAAGCUGCUGUUCGGCGCCUACCGGUUCCGGGCGGCGACGCUGCUGCUGCAGAAGGAGUUCGCGCGCCGGCUCGCGGCCGCGCCGGGCGACGGGGAGUACAACCGCCUGGCGGCCAACGUGCGCCUGGUCGCCGACGUGAGGCUGCUCAUGGACGUGAGCAAGAGGGACUUCGUGCCCAUGCCCCGGGUGGACUCCUCCCUCGUCGAGAUCCGGCCGAGGGCCGUCGCGCUGGGGGUGGACCUCGGCGAGUGGCUGGAGUUCACGCGCGCGUGCUUCGGGCAGAAGAACAAGACCCUCGGCGCCAUCUUCAAGCAGAAGAGGAUGGUCAUGGAGCUGUUCAGCCGGUCGCAGCGCGCGGAGGAACGCGACGGCCGUGCCGGUGCUGUCAGCCUCAGCGCGCUUGACGACGGCACUGACGAGGAUGGUUGUGGAAAAGAUGAUGACGACGGCGACAGAGCAGCGGCUGGUUGCAGCGGGGAAGAGGUCGCGGCGUUCAAGGAUAGGAUCGCCGGAGCAUUGGAGUCUGCCGAGCUCGCCGGCAAGAGGCCGUCGAAGCUGUCCAACGACGAGCUGCUGCGGUUGCUCCGGCUGUUCAACGAGCGCGGGGUGCGGUUCCGGUAGAGGCGUAGAGCACAACCUGCGUCCCCUCUGCGGUUCGGUCUCGUGCAGAGGUUCUGUCGCUUGGUGCAUUGGCUGGUUGCCUGGUUCCCAGCAUGUCGACGUCAUUGUACACGUAGUUCUACUUUUUUUUUUUGAGCAUCACGUAGUUCUACUUCUCCGCCGUAUGCCACUACACUAGUAGUCUAUCGUUGCCAGCUUUAUCCAUAUGCUUGCUGUUCAAUGUAUUCCGCUUUGCUGAGGUGAACUUUGCCAGCCGGAAGCCAUGCAUUUUUUUUCUAUAUCUGAAACUGAAAGUUGGCCAA